AUGUGUGAGUUGGCAGAACAAACACCUGACAUAGAUGUUGUGAAUGAUAAUCAAAAUUCAAACGAGGAGACGACAAAUGAACCAGGUUCAGAUGAUGGUGGAACUCUAAGUGGAGGCAGUGCACAAACAAGAAUUUCCAACCAGUUCAAAAAGGAAGAGAGGAAGAAGGAGGAGGAAGAUAUGAAGAAGAAGAAGGAAGAGCAAAAUGGGGAAAAGGAAGAGGAAGAGAGGACAAAAAUGGAACUGCAAGACUGGAAGAAGGAGGAGGAAGAUAGGAGGAGGAAAGAAGAGCAAGGCAAGAAGAAGGAGGAGGAAGAUAGAAAGAGGAAAGAAGAGCAAGACAAGAAGAAGGAGGAGGAAGAUAGGAAGAGGAAAGAGGAGCAAGACAAGAAGAAGGAGGAGAAAGAUAGGAAGAGGAAAGAAGAGCACGACAGGAAGAAGAAGGAGGAAGAUAGAAAGAGGAAAGAAGAGCAAGACAGGAGGAAGGAGGAGGAAGAUAGAAAGAGGAAAGAAAAGCAAGUCAAGAAGAAGGAGGAGGAAGAUAGAAAGAGGAAAGAAGAGCAAGACUGGUAGAAGGAGGAACAAGAGACAGAUCGUUUCCAAAUUUCCUCGUUCCUUCAGUGUCUUGUAGAAGUUGUUAAAUAUUUAUAAGAGAUACUUGCAGAAAGAAAGAGAAGCAAAAAAGAAUGAAUGUUAAUUGAUGUAUACUUCUCUUUAUCACUGUAAGUAUCUUUAGAACACAUUUAAUAUUUAUAAAAGAUACUUGCAGUAAGAAAUAGAGGAAUAUACAGUAAGUAUAUAUAUUCAUGUGCCCGUUGCAUCCAUACACCCCACCAUUCCCUUCCUUAUAGGUAUUGGGGUAGAUGAUACGCUCGCUGAGCUCUGGAAGUUAGCGAUGAUUCCCGAGACAAAAUUUAUUUACCCCUUUUUUUUAUGAGAGGGAUUCUUUACUGUAUUCCAAAAAAUCAGCUUUAUGACAAUCAGUCUUGAACAUUGAGUAAAAAAUCAACUUCUUGUUAUGUUCUAUCAAGUUUAAUUGAUGUUGAGUCAUUUCUUUGUUGAGAGUUAAUCGAACUUGAGAAAUGUAUUCAGAAAUAAUGUAUUUAGAUUUGAUAUUUUAAAGAGGUCGGUAACUUUUAGCAUAAUGCGUUUUUUGUUUUUGUCAGCUAGGUCUUUUGAUAUUUGUAAACAUUGUUUAACAAUGCUGUCCUCUGGUUGGUUUUCUAGGUGUAUCCAAAAUUUAAUAACAAUCAUGUCAGUUAUUUCUCUUAGAGGCAACCGACCAAGUUCAUUUCUACAGGCUGCAUUUGAACAUUGUUUAUCAACACCUACAACUUGUUAAAAGAAAUAUAGCUGUGUUUUUUCAAUUGUCUUUCUCCCACGAGUUAUAAUCAUCUUUUUCUUAAAUGCUCCAAACCUCAGAGCCAUACAUAAGAAUUGGAAGAUAUAAGGAACAAAAUAUUUUGUUCAUAAAAUCGCCUGGCAAUUUAAGAAAAUCAAGGUAACGUGUAACUAUCGGUAAUUUCAACUUUAUCUUUAUUGAUGUAGAAAAGAUGUUUAGCGUGGGUCGAGUUUCUAUGUUUCUUUUGGAAAAUAACAGCUUUUUGCAUUAAUUUUCAUGAUCCAGUCAUGACAAAAUUGAGAGUGUGUACAAUGCAUCUUGUAGCCCUGUAACUGAGUGUGUUGCCGCCGCAUGGCCACAUUUAAUUCUUUUGUUAUUUUUUUUUUCGUUUGUAUGCCCAUUCUAUCCGUCAUCAGCCCAUUCUUUUCUUUAUCUCGCUCUCUUCUCACCGUUUUCAUCGCUAUCAUCGCCUUCAUCGUUUUCACCUUUUAAAUUGUCCAGUUCGUGGUUUCGAUUAAAGCAUACUAGUAUAGCGUAUUGGACUUUUGACUACCUUGUUACAUGAAAUAUUCGCGACACGUUAAUUUCGCGAAUUUCGCGAUUUAAAAAAAGUCGCGAAAUUUAAGUGACGCGAAA